AGGGGCGGGGGCCGGGCGAGCCGGUUGCUAUGGAGACGGCCCAAGAGGCCUAACUAGGCCUCGGCCUCUUCGCUGGGCCAAGGCGGCGAUGGCGCUUGAAGCAGCCGGCGUCCUCCUGCUCUGCCUGGUUCUCCCGAGCCUGGGAUGCGCCGGCGACGACGGCUGGGACCCGUCCGGUUACCUGCUUUACUGCCCCUGCAUGGGGAGAUUUGGGAAUCAAGCGGAUCACUUCCUCGGGUCUUUGGCAUUCGCUAAGAUGAUGAAUCGGACUUUAGCUGUGCCCCCGUGGAUCGAGUACCGGCAUCACAGACCUCCUUACACAAAUCUACACGUCCCUUACCAAGAAUACUUCAAGCUGGCCCCCCUGCUAGAAUACCACCGAGUCAUUAGCUUGGAGGAGUUUAUGGAAAAGCUGGCGCCCUCCCACUGGCCGCCUGGCAAGAGGGUGGGCUAUUGCUUUGAAGCGGCAGCCCAGAGGAGCCCUGACAAAAAGACCUGCCCGAUGAAGGACGGGAAUCCCUUUGGGCCUUUCUGGGAUCAAUUUGGGGUGGAGUUUGAUAGGUCGGAGAUGUUCGGAGGCGUCUCCUUCAGCGCCUUUUACAAGGAUGUCUGGAACCAAAGGUUUCCCUCCUUCGAACAUCCCGUUCUCGCCCUCCCGGGUGCCCCGGCGCAGUUUCCUGUCCUGGAAGAGCACCGUCCCCUGCAGCGUUACGUGGUUUGGUCCGAUGAGAUGGCGGAGAAAGGAGAGUUCUAUAUUAAGACCCUCCUGCUGAGGCCCUACGUGGGAAUUCAUUUGCGUGUGGGUUCAGACUGGAAAAACGCCUGCAGCCUGCUGAAGGAGGGCACGGCGGGGUCGCAUUUAAUGGCAUCGCCGCAGUGUGUGGGCUACGAUCGCAACUCUGCUGCGCCCCUGACCAUGGAGAUGUGUUUGCCGGACCUGAAAGAGAUCAAGCGGGCCCUGAAACUCUGGGUGGAGAAGAUGGAGGCCAAAGCCGUGUACGUGGCCACCGACUCGGAGCCCUACACCAAAGAGAUUCAGCAGCUUUUCAAAGACAAGGUCAAAGUGGUCCAUUUGCAACCCGAAGUGGCCCAGGUAGAUCUCUAUAUCCUCGGCCAGUCCGACCAUUUUAUCGGCAACUGCGUCUCCUCCUUCACCGCCUUCGUGAAACGGGAGAGGGACGUGCACCGGAGGCCCUCUUCCUUUUUCGGCAUGGACCACCCCCCUAAGCUGCGGGAUGAAUUAUAACCCACGGGGGACGAUGGGCUUCGAGGUCUCAGGACGCACAACUCGGCUUUGCACAAAGCCCCCCUCGGAAGCAAAGUAGCAGAUUCGUCCCGGUGCCGUUUUCAUUUUUUUGUCGUAGUCUGAGCUGGGAGAACAGCAGCUUCUUGGAAAAUCCCACUAUUUUUUUUUUUUGCCCCUGCUGUGGUUGAAUCAAGGAAUCCUCUGAACACAUUUGACUUUCCUCCUUCCCUUUUUCACAGCCUUCUUACCUCAGAAUGAAUGUCUGAACUGCCGCUGCUCUUUUACCUCACAGUAUUUUACAACGGCACAAUCAGUAUAAAUCACAAAAAAAUGUUCUGGACCUCAACAGGGGGAAACAAGAGGAUUUAACUCACCAUUGUAACUGAUUAACAUUUGGCAGGUUUUCCUUUACUUUUUUCCAGAACGGAUUUAAUCUCCAUCUCCUCCGCUUGGACGAGGAAGACUCAACCUGAGUUUGCUGGGAUCUAUAAUGUGAUUUGGUACCUUCAGAACCAAUUAGAAGCCUCUAAUGAGGAGUGGGCUGCCAAGGACAUUUUUUUU